CAGCCGCCUUGCAGGCAGGAUGCAGACGCUGGGAAGAGCGAUGAGGAUGGAGGCCCGCGAGGCAGCGCCGCCGGCGGGGGCGGGCGGCUGGAGCAAGUGGGUGAGGCUCAACGUGGGGGGCACGGUGUUCCUGACCACCCGGCAAACGCUGUGCCGCGAGCAGAAGUCCUUCCUCAGCCGCCUGUGCCAGGGGGAAGAGCUGCAGUCUGACCGGGAUGAGACCGGGGCCUACCUCAUCGACCGUGACCCCACCUACUUCGGGCCCAUCCUCAACUUCCUCCGGCAUGGCAAGCUGGUGCUGGACAAGGACAUGGCUGAGGAGGGGGUCCUGGAGGAAGCGGAGUUCUACAACAUCGGCCCGCUGAUCCGGAUCAUCAAAGACCGGAUGGAGGAGAAGGAUUAUACCGUCACACAGGUCCCACCCAAGCACGUGUACCGCGUGCUGCAGUGCCAGGAGGAGGAGCUUACGCAGAUGGUCUCCACCAUGUCCGAUGGCUGGCGCUUCGAGCAGCUGGUGAGCAUCGGCUCCUCCUACAACUACGGCAGCGAGGACCAGGCAGAGUUCCUGUGCGUGGUGUCCAAGGAGCUCUAUAGCUCCCCGCACGGACUGAGCUCCGAGUCCAGCCGCAAAACCAAGCUCUGCGCUCUUUCUUCCCUGGGUCUGCCGGCUGGUCCACAGCGCGCGGAGGAGCAGCUGGAGGAGCGGCAGCGGCAGGAGGUGGAGGUGGCACAGGUGCAGGUGGAGGUGGAGGCAGAUACGCAGCAGAAAGCUGUUACAAGCCAGAGGCACCCGGAUGUGAGGCCCCGGAUCGCCUCCAGGGACUUGGGGUUCCGUUCUGAAAUCCUUUAUUUUUGUACCACGGGGUGGGCCCCCAGCCCGAGGCGGAGGAAGAGCUCUCCCCGCUGUCACCUCUGUCUACACCUGCGGGGCUAUGAUUUACCCCUGCUUCCGGGGGCCGGGUGGGGGCCCACUGGGACCUCGCAAGGCCUGAUGUGGGCCCUGGGACCCCUGGGCGGAGCCGCCUGCGGGUGGUCAAAGUGUGGCGCUGUCCAGCUGUGUCUCCCAGGCCCCUACGUCCCCUCCCUCAGGUCCCCCCGCUGCAUGGCAGAUGCGCUCCCCCCGCAGCCCAGUCACAUCACCUCCUUUGGUCUCCCUGUCUGUCACAUGGGUUCACUUCCUGCCCUACCUACCUCAGGUUUGCUGUGAUUUUAACGAGAGGAGCAAAGGUCCCCGAAAGCCCUCAGGGGGGGCACAAGGCGCAGACUCGGACCUGCCCGGCCCAGGAUGGAGACUGAGGGACUGGUGGGCGAUGAAGGGCGUGGCGUUAGCGCUGUUGAAGGAGGGGGUGGGUGACUCGGCCUUCACCUUGCCUGCUCUCCGCGCCCCUGCUGUCUGUACUGCCGGCCGCACAGUGCCCUGGCCAGGAGGAAGGGAGGCAUUGGUUCAGCAGGGGCAGCGGGGCCACUCAGGAGCUGGUGACAGGGGAAAGGGAGAGUCUGGGGUGGCAGGGGCUGAGCAAGGGGCCCCUCCUGCAUUUAUGGCCUCCCCAGCUGGACACUUGCUUCCCAGCGGUGUCCAACACCACCGUGUAAUAAAACCUGAAGAAACAGCCA